AUGUCUUUCUCCCGAUCAUCUGCUCAAUCACUCAAGCAAGCCCUCAAGGCUACUGCGCCCAAGGCUGCUGGCCGACAGGUCGCCAAGAGAUCUUACUCCCUCCUCGCCCGAGAAGCCCCCAAAGCUAUGAUGGCUUCCCGACUCGGUGCUACUCGAGGUGUUAAGACUCUUGACUUUGCUGGUACCAAAGAGGUUGUUUACGAGAGAGCUGAUUGGCCUCUUGACAAACUCCAAGACUUCUUCAAAAACGACACCCUUGCUAUGAUCGGUUACGGAUCUCAAGGUCACGGUCAAUCCCUCAAUGCCCGAGACCAAGGUCUUAAGGUUAUUGUCGGUGUUCGAAAGGGCGGAGAAUCUUGGAAACAAGCUCAAGAAGAUGGUUGGGUUCCCGGAGAGACUCUUUUCGAUAUCCCAGAGGCUAUUGAGAAAGGUACUAUCAUCAUGAACCUCCUUUCUGAUGCCGCUCAAUCCUCCACUUGGCCCGAGAUCGCUCCUCUCAUCACCAAAGGAAAGACCCUUUACUUUGCCCACGGUUUCUCCGUUGUAUACAAGGACGACACCCACGUUGUUCCCCCCAAGGACGUAGAUGUCAUCCUCGUUGCCCCUAAAGGUUCCGGACGAACCGUCCGAACCCUUUUCCUUGAGGGACGAGGUAUCAACUCUUCCAUCGCCGUCUACCAAGAUGUCACCGGUCAAGCUAAAGAGAAGGCCGUCGCUCUUGGUAUCGCCGUUGGUUCCGGUUACUGUUACGAGACUACCUUUGAGAAAGAGGUAUACUCUGAUCUUUACGGAGAGCGAGGUGUCCUUAUGGGUGGUAUCCAAGGAAUGUUCCUUGCUCAAUACGAGGUUCUCCGAAAGAACGGUCACUCCCCCUCAGAGGCUUUUAACGAGACCGUUGAGGAAGCCACUCAAUCUCUCUUCCCCUUGAUCGGUAAAUACGGUAUGGAUUACAUGUACAACGCAUGUUCCACCACCGCCCGACGAGGUGCUCUUGAUUGGGCUCCUAAAUUCAAGGAGGCAAACCUUCCCGUCUUUGAGGCUCUUUACAAAUCCGUCCGAGACGGAUCUGAGACUCGAAGAUCUCUUGAAUUCAACUCUAGAAAGACUUACCGAGCAGAUCUCCAAAAAGAACUUGACGAGAUUGACAACCAAGAAAUCUGGAGAGCCGGUAAAACCGUCCGAAACCUCCGACCCGAUGCCGCCAAGGAUGAGCUUUAA